CUCACGCCAGGCUCGUCCAGUAGCCCCCUACGCUCAGCACCACCAGGGGGCGCGCGGGGGCGUCCAGCGGCUGCGAAGCGCAGGGAGCUCGCGGCCACCCGCGGCGAUAAUCGUUACUAGGCAACGGGAAGCGGCCGGAGUCACUGGGAGGCGCGAAGGGAGCCGGGCGCGCGGCGGCCGGGAUGGGCCCCUGCGGCGGACACAGGGAGGCGGCGCAGCUGCUGGGGGCGAGAUGAAGCUGAACAGCGAGGCGCUGCCCCGGAGGCGCAGCUCCGAGACUGUCCUGCAGACCAUCUCCAGGACCUUCCGCGACUCCGAGCUGAACAAGCAGCUAGGGGCGGAGAUAGCAGGGAACUAUAGCCAUACCGCUUUGUUUGCAAGGGCAGAGGAGCUGUUGGCGAAGAGGAUCAUAGAUGGAGAUCCUCUGGCAUAUUUUCUACAAGGGCAGCUGUACUUUGAAGAGGGAUGGUAUGAAGAAGCACUUACACAAUUUGAAAAAAUUAAGGAGAUGGAUUUUCAAGCUCUGUAUCAGCUGGGUGUAAUGUAUUAUGAUGGAUUGGGGACCAAAGAAGACCCAGAAAAAGGAGUGGAGUACAUGGAAAUAAUUAUAAACUCUAACUCCCCUAAAGCAAGACAUUUAAAAUAUGCUGCUGCAUACAAUCUUGGCAGAUCUUAUUUUGAAGGAUGUGGUGUUAAGCAUUCAGAUAAAGAGGCUGAAAGGCUGUGGCUUAUUGCUGCAGACCAUGGGAAUCCAAAGGCAAGUGUAAAGGCUCAAAGUACCCUGGGAAUGUUUUAUUCUACAUCAAAUUCAAAAGAUCUGAAAAAGGCAUUUUUCUGGCAUUCUGAAGCUUGUGGCAAUGGAAGUCUGGAGUCACAGGGUGUACUUGGUGUUAUGUAUCUCUAUGGACAAGGCAUACAUCAAAAUACAAUGGCUGCUUUGGAGUGCCUGAAGGAAGCAGCAGAACGUGGAAAUGUCUAUGCUCAAGGCCAUCUUGUUGAGUAUUAUUACAAAAGAAAAUUUUACACAAAAGCUGCUGCAUUUGCCAGAAGGAUUGCAGAAAACGAUAACAUUGAUAUGUUAGCAAAGAUAACCGAUUGCCUUCCUGUAUACAUAGCCAAAGGGGUUGCUAUGGCUACUUUCUACUUUGCUAGAUGUCUCCAGCUUGGCCUAGGCAUACAACAAGAUCAAGCUGCAGCUAAUAAUUAUUAUUCUAGGGUAAGCGUGGGGAGGCCCUACAAAUUAACUUAUGUAGUAUAAGAUCAGUGAUAUUUUGAAUUUAAGUUCUUAAACUUGCUGCAUGGUUUCAUUAAAGGCUCCAACCACAUUUACUAUCUACACUUAUUACAUAAAAAUAUUCUGUAUUUAAAAAAAAUACUGAAGUAAAUCCUCUCACACUAUUCAAAACAACCUCGCAAGGUUCUGCUCCCCUAAGGCAAGUGACGUAUUUUGAUAGGCAAGUAAAAUUUCAUAUUCUAAUCACCACGACAAAGGCAGGUGAGUAGGGCCUGUGCCUGGGCUGGUAAUCUUUCACAACAAUUUUCCCAAGGUGGUUAAAGUGAUAAAUCGCACAUUGAUUUCGUGAUUACAUUGUUUUUACUUGCAUCUUAAACUCAAAAGCAGAACUUAUUUCUUUGCUUAUUUGCAAACCUUGAUGCCUUUAAAAAUGCCAAUUAAAAAAAUUAAUCGUGCUUAAUCGCACUGUUAAACAAUAAUAGAAUACCAUUUAUUUAAAUAUUUUGGAUGUUUUCUACAUUUUCAAAUAUAUUGA